AUCAUUCCUGAAUCUACAGUGAAGGUCACCAAGGAUACAGUUACAAUUAGCGAACUACAGCAUUGGUAUUUAGAAGGAAGAUGGACUGUUCAACUGAAAGAUGCUGAUCCAAAUGAGCUUCAGCUUUUUAUCGAAAAGAUGCCCGCCUCUAUCAAAGGUAAGGCUAAGAGUAUGAAAUGUAUUGAUUUUGGUUUUGGAACAAAGAGGCACAUGGUUGAACCUCUAGCUGUACGUGAUGUAGUGUAUAGAUACAAGCAGAUCAAGCUUAUGGCGAGAGUUCAGUAGUUAGUUUGGUUCUUAUGAAGCCCUACAGGUGCAGUCAGACAAUGAUACAGGCAGCCCAAGCUUAUGGUGUCAGUAGUUAGUAAGGUUUUUUGUUUUUGAAUUAUGAUAAAACCCGUACAUAUGUAUGGAUACAGGCAGCACAAGCUUAUGGUGUGACUAGUUAGUUUUGGUUUUGGUUUUUGAAUUUGAAGGCAUAUUAAUUAAACCUGUACAGGUAGUCAGGCAAUGAUACAGGCAGCCCAAGCUGUUGGUGUGAAAAGUUAAAUAGUCUGUAGGUUUUGAUUUUUGAAUUUAAAGACAUAUGGUUAAACCUCUGUUCAUGUGCAAGGGUAACGGGGCUGUAAUUAUUAAAAGUUUUAAGUGAAAUUUUCAGACACAAUGAUGAGCCAGUUAUGAAAGCAGAGUUUCAUAUAAACGGUGUUAAACAAAAUCGCGUUCUGAACGCUUUUAAUUUUGGUCUACUUUCGGCCUUUCCGUGUCUGUUACGCUUCAAAAUAUUAUAAUUGAUAGAAUUAACGCAAAAUGUAAUGACAUUAAGCAUUUUAAAACAGCUUUCUGAACAAAAUGUAGGAAUUACAUAACGCAAAGUGUAACAAAAAUUGAGCUCAAAACGUAACAACUUCUUUUGCGCGAAAUGUUACAAAGCAAAAUGUAACAAACAAAGCUGUCAAGAAAAAGAAAACCUGGUAAGCGUGAGCGUGUAAGCCUCCUUUUUAAGGAUUGUCACGAGACCCGCCAUAUCAAGGUGUUCGAUGCAAAAAUUAUUGCGCUUUAUUGAAUCGAAAAAUCUUUGAAUAUUUCUUUGCACACUUUCGGAAGGGUAAAUAAUCGAGCAAUUAAAAUUACCAAACGAGACGAGUCUAAGAAAAACUAUUUUUUACCCACUCUAUACCUGUUCUUUCAAUAGGCUUACCGUGUUUAGUCAAUUACAUGUAAACGCUGCCCUGGAAUAAACAUUCAAUUAACGCUGUUGUCGAAUAAUCACCGCACAUAACCAGAGGAAUGCGGCGUUUAUUCGAGGAUAGCAAAAAAAAAAACUCCGUACAAUUCUUAGUCUACACUGGUCCUAACCACAAGUUGCUCCAAGAUUUCGAAAAAGUUGCUUGAAGUUGCUUGAAUUUUACAAAAAGUUGCUCCUUAACUAAAAUCAAAAUGACAUGAGUUGCAGCCAUUAUCGCGUUUUUAAGACAAACGCCGCUAGUUAAUUACAAUAAUGCAAUUCAAAACUACUUCCUUCUUUGCCCUGUUUGUAAACACAACUGCUACAGGUGACAUUCAAACGUACAACUGUGGAAUGUCUUUCGUGUUCCUGCGCAAUAAGAGUAUUUAAUUAAGUGAUUUUACUUUACACGUGAUUGCCCAGAAAUAGUUCAUGACAAUUAUAUAUCACCAAAUAGUUACAAUAAAGGAAAAAAAAUUGGUAUUGGUCGCAUAGAUCAGUCAGUAUCGUGUGAAAAAGAACGCUGUGAGUCGAAAUUCCUUCAUGAGAUCAGUAUCUUUGUUCUCUUUGGUUUUCUAGCUAUUGCAGCGUUUUCAGGCUUACUUAGAUUUGCUUCAAGCUUUUUGGCUUCGCUGAUAGUAGUCAGAGUUAGAGAGUUAGAAUUUUCUUCCUCUAUAAAACUAACUGAAGAUUCAAUGUUUGCCAUCAUUAUGAAAAAGGCACGAAAGGCUGACCCCAAACCGCGGGUAGUUUAACUGAGAAGCAGGGGUGGGUGUUAGGUGGCUGAGGGGUGGGGGAUGGGGCACAGAUUUCGAUUUUCACGUUUUUAAGGGACUGGUCAAAAAGUAUAGGGGGGUGGGCCGGAGCAGAGAGGGGGUGGGUCAUGAGGUUUUGAGCCUUGUGCAAGGGGUGGGUCGUGCAAUUUUCAGCUACCCAUAGGGGGUGGGUCACCCUAUUUUAUUACAUAGGUAGGCACUAACUACUAACGAGACAGUUGACUACACUUGUUAUAUAAAACACAACCAGCUGGAAUUAUUGCUAAAAUACUCACAAACCUGUUGUGCGAGAAAAUACAAAGGGUGACAGGCCGCACAUCUAUACGGGCGUGGAACCCUCUGUUAACGUCUUUUUUUUAUUUGGCUCUAACGAGCGUGUCCUUUGAUGAUUUUCCUUUUUUGUAAGGAAAUGAUCGGUGGUUCUUUAAAAAUUUAUUGAAGUUAUAGUUGGUUUUGUAUAAGACUCCAUUUUUUCAUUCAAGCUUCCUUCAUAGUAGACACUGAGGGCUGGUAUUGUGUCACGAAUGGCAAUAUUUCUUUUUACUCGUUGUUGUUUUUUUUUAAGGGUUUAGACUCCCUUUUGUGAAUUUUAUUUCUGAUUGCAGGUUUUCCAUCAAAGAUUGUGGGUAGCCACCGUCCAUCAAGCGUUUUUUUUAAUUUGAAUUAUUUUUCUCAAAGGUUGUUUCUGAGGAGUUUUUCCGUAGGAUUUUCAAGGCUUCUCCUUUGACAAAUCCUUUUUUAACAUUUGGAGGGUGACACGAGGUGAAAUGUGUGUGCAAGAAGUUUUCCGUUUGUUUAAAUGCGUCUUAGCAUCAAGGAUAGAUUUUUCCUUGAAUCUUGUGCCUUGUAUACGACCGUGUCUAAAAACGCAGUCUCAGUGUCGAAUUUUUCGGUCGUGAAUUCAAUAGUUGGGUGAUGUAAGUUUUCUUUUUCAAUGAAGGCUUUGAUUUCUGGUUCUCUCAUGUCCCAUAGGGAAAAGCUAUCGUGUAUGUAGCAUUUCCAAACUGUUGUUCUAAAGACAGUUUUGCUUAGAGUAGUUGUUUCAAUAUGUCGUGAAAAUAUUGGCAAAGGAAUCAAAACUGCUGUCUUUGUGCCCAUUGCAGUUCCAUGGUUUUGUAGGUAGUGCUUUCCUUUGAAGUGGAAGAAAUUUUCUUUGAGGAUUAAUCUAAGCAUUUCCGGCAAGUCAUGUGUAGGGAUGGGUUGUCUUUGUAGAAAUUUUCAUAUGCUUUGUGACAGACAAUUUCAAUAUACCCUCGUUUUGCUGUAUAUUUGUGACAAGACUCAUAACGUCCAUCGAAACAAGAAAUGUUCAGUUUUUCACGUUUGUCUUUUCAGUAAAACGUAUGAUUUCUGUGAUUUUGAUAUUGGUUGUGGCACUGUAUCAACAAAGUUUGUCAAGCACAGAACAAGGUUUUAUUGGAUUAUUAAGAGGAAACCAAACAUCCAUGUUUUAACUAGGGGGUGGGUCAUGCAAUUUCCAGCCUUGCUUUAGGGGUGGGUCAGUCAUUUUUGUGCCGAAGGGAGGAGGUGGGUCAUGUGUUUUUUAUCAACCACAUUUCCAAAUGCUCCGGACCACCCCCCCAUACUUUUUGACCAGUCCCUAAAUCAUAUCUAUAAUUAUAACCUUAAAGAACUGAAAUGUUCUUAUAAGGAUAUAUAACAAGGCUUAAACAGUAUCAUAGGACUGUUUAAUUGCCUUAUGUUGCUUAAAAUUUCAUCAAGUUGCCCCCAAAACUAAAAGUUGCUCCAAAAGGUGCCAAAACGUUGCCUGAGCAACUUGUGGCUAGGGCUAGUCUACACCAUCCAGACUAUUACAAUUCUCUCUUAAAAAUUAAGAAACACUGCGGCUUUUUUAUACGGUAUAUCACGCUGGUUCCUACAUGCUUGUGCUUAUAGUUAACGUGACAUUUCAUGGCUUUAGAUUCUGGUCAAAACACAGCCGGUAUAUAGUCCUGGAUUACUAAGUUUUUGCUAAGAUUUAUCGGAUCAUUAUACGUCUCUGGGAAACUGCCCACCUACCCCUCCCCUAAAGUGAAAUGUCCUCCUUCACCGCAGGAUAGGAUAUAUAUUCACGAUUUGUUUUUCUUUCAGUCUGUGUAAAAGGACAUAAAUGUCUGUUUUUAGACACCCCUUAUGUGCCUUGCAAUAAGGAAUGCAACAUAAAAAGUUUCUCUUAGCCACUUUUCAGUGCAUGUAACUUUUAUCGGUAUAGAAGUGACGAAGUUUUUACUUUUACUUUUUUUUAUACGUGUAGCUGAAGAAUUUAGUUUUUAUAUUUAACAUUGUCACAUCUCCAGUUUAAUAAAACGUUAUUACAAUUUGCGUUCAAAACUUGUUACAUUUUCCGUUAAAACGUUUUUGCAUUUUGCAUUAAAGGUUUUUACAUUACGAGUUCAUGUAAUUAUGUUACAUUUUUCUUCAGGCAUCGGUUGUUCAAAGGCCGGAUAGCGCUAUCCAUCGGAUAAAUCUGUAUCCAGUGGAUAGUGUAAUUAGUUUCCCCAAUACUUAUCCAUUGGAUAGUGAUUUACCCGGUGGAUAGCGCUAUCCACCGGAUAAAUCUCUAUCCAGUGGAUAGUGAAAUUAGUUUCCCCAAUACUUAUCCAUUGGAUAGUGAUUUACCCGGUGAAUAGCGCUAUCCAACAAUUGAACAACCAGGGCCAGAUGUUUUCAAAUUUCGCGUUAAUUGGCGCCAUAAUCUUCGUCUCUCCGCACCUUCUCGAGUAACGAAUUGUCUAACACUGGAAAAUAAUAAUCAAAAAAGGCGGUGGGGGGGAAAAAAAUCAGCUGCUAUAGGGGGGGUUGUAACUCAACUUCGCAAGCUGAAGACGUUUUACAAACAAGGAAUGUUAAGUGACAAUUGCGCGAAAGAAACCAUUGUAAAUUUCAUUUUAUUCAUCAAUAUUUCGUUUAUGCACAGUUGUCACUCAGUUUCAAGAGAAGAAAUGCAGUGCAUUUUCUGUUAAGUCUAGGUUUUUUUUUUUAGGUAAAACCAUAUGCUCCUGGUAAAACGUAGUCUGUUUGCCCAUGUUACUCAAGUGAUUUUGAUUGCUUUGUAUCGUUUUUGAAUUAUCCUUUCAGAAAAAAUGCAAGAUCUACGCGAAGCAAACUCGACAAGCCGAACCUCAGAAUCAGUAGAAAGACAGUUGAGGGAUUUUCAGCAACGUGAAGAAAAUUUCCAGAGGCAGUUCAGAGAUGUGCAGCAACGCUAAGAGAAUUUACAAAGACAGUUCAGAGAGCUUCAGGAACGGGAACAAAGCGCUCAAAGGCAGCUGACGGAGUCGCGGCAACGUGAACAAAAUUUGCAGCGGCAACUCAGAGAGCUUCAGGAACGGGAACAAAGCUCUCAAAGGCAGCUGACGGAGUUGCGGCAACGUGAACAAAAUUUGCAGCGGCAACUAAGAGAGGUUCAAGAACAGGAACAAAAUUCUCAAAGGCAGCUGACGGAGUUUCAGCAACGUGAAGAAAAUUCUCAGAGACAGUUGAGAAAUUGCCAAGAACAAGUUUCUGAACUACAGUUAAGUCUCUCAACAGCCCAGCUAACAAUAAAUGAAUUUCGUAGCCAGGAAACACGUGACUGGGUUAUUACCCGCGACGAAAUUCAAAUCGCAGAUAAAUGCCUCGGGAGGGGAGGAUGGGGAAGUGUCAGGGAGGGAACGUAUUGUGGCUGUACUGUAGCAGUGAAACAAAUCCAUGAGUUGAUUCUUUCUCCUCAUAACAUAAAUCUGUUUGAAAGAGAAAUGGAUAUAGCAGCAAAAUGCCGCCAUCCUCACUUACUACAGUUUAUCGGCGCCACGAAAGAUGAGGGAACUCCUCUGUUUGUGACCGAGCUGAUGGAGAAAAGUCUGCGCACUUUGUUGGAUCAGCGGCAACUCUCCGAGACAGAAAUACGCACCAUUUCUCUGGAUGUAGCACGUGCCCUGAACUACCUUCAUCAAAAGAAACCAGAGCCUAUCAUUCAUCGUGACGUCAGCAGUGCAAAUGUGUUGCUAUGGCGACAAGGUGAGCAAUGGAGAGGCAAAGUGUCAGAUUAUGGUACCGCUAAUUUCAUUCAGCAGACCAUGACAGUGGCUCCUGGAGCUAUGAUUUACAGUGCACCUGAAGCACUUACAUCAAAGCAAACAGUAAAGGUUAGUUUUCAUUGAAAAAAUACAGGAUUUAAGGCUGUCUAAGUAACACCUUGUAAACACCAAGUGGAGUAGUAAUCAUGCAAAGGUUGGUGAUCGUGAAUUUCAAAGACUGCUGAAUUUACAAAUGUACAGCAAUGCUAAUAUUGUCACAAGUGUUUGGUUCGAACCAGUCAUAAAAGUGUUACGGCUCGGACAACAUUUGUAAAGAAAUGCUCAAGUUUUCACAGGUCCGCAGGUGCCUUUGCCCUUGCAAAAACUCUAGUUUUCUUUGCCACAGUUAUCCGUACCGCACAACUUUUUUCAGGACUGGUCCCGACCCAGUGUUUCUGUAGAGUAAACGCGAGUCUUGUGACCCUUGCCAUUCCCAAAUCCACGUUGGGGCCUACGGAAGAAACGGCGGCGUGUAUGCCUGGCUAGUUUUAGCGCUUAUAAUGUUCCUGUGCUUUGAAUUUCGUCGGCUGUCAUUAGUAAAAGGGAAAGAAGUGGUUACAGGGUUAAACAGUGUUGGGCUAUUUUCACGAUGAGGUCAUUUGACUACCAACGACCAACUGCUUUUUUUUAUUUGAAUUUGUCAAUCCUGCUAAGGUUUAAAAAACCUAUAGCCCUUACUUGCUAGCCUCGCCCUGCCCCGCCCCGCCCCGUCCCGUCUCGUCCCGUCCUGUCCUGUUCCUCUACCAGCUCUCGCGAGCUCCCACCGCAUUUUCGGGCACUCAAAUACUUUCCUCUUCCACGCUUCUUAGUUUUUAGUCAACCUCUUAAACCAUCUCAUGAUCGGUUCUGGUGAACCUUUAUGGCGUUUAGUCAUUAUAACAUGUAGGUAUUAAUAGAAACAACAAGACGCGUAAAGGUGUUUUUUUCCUUUUUCCCCCACUACAGAGCCUGGUCCAAGGCUAGCUGUAUACAAACAUAGAGUACUAACCAGAAUGUAAAAGAAUUAUGAAAAUUACCAGUUCACCACUUUUAAAUUGCCCGUAAUGUACCUCGUUCAACCUUUCCCUUAAACUCGCACACAAAUUAAAUUCUACAUAAGAAUUGUUUACAGUUUGUCUUACUGUCUUCGGGUAGAAGGCGAACACAAUGCUUAUCCAAAAUCUUUUGGGGUAAACAAGGUGCAUUGUAAUAUAGCUGAAAAUGUUUUUCCCAACAGUGCGCGUUAUCAUUGAUUACUUUGAGGUCACAUGACAUCGAACAAAGAAACUGUUUCCCGCCAAACUGAAUAUCUGAGCGGGCAACAUUGCAAAAUCUAGGACGUCAGAGGGUAACAGUGCAGUGUUACCCGCGAAUGUUGACCGACGACCACCGUUACAGCAAGGAUUAGUGAAUUUCCAGCUUCAAAAUCUCCAGCCUCGGGAAACAAAAUUAACUGCUUCCCUCGGGACCUGUCAUUAAGUGUUUAUUAUGGGCAAUGUGACAAUGGCGAAUAUAUGUUCUGUGAUCAAGCUUGGACAAAUUACUGCGUAAGAACGCUUAUUCUGUUCGAAAUUCUAUCAUAUCUCCAAAUGGAACUCACUGUUUAUCCCUAACGUAAAUUUUCUGGCUUGUCUCAGCCGACUCAGCUCGGCUACGAUGCACAACUGUCCCGGAUAUUGUCAGUGCAAUGAAACUCCAGCCUAUCUGGACUAUAACCGUAGUAAACCACAGACAUCCCAGGGAAAGAAUAUUGACUUAUUCAAAUGAUGUAUUGUUGUUAGGUUGAUGUUUACAGCUUUGGUGCUCUUCUUUGUGAAAUGUGUAUCCGACAACUUCCAGAUCCUCGAAGGCGUCAAGAACAAGUGGUGCUUGUAACAAAUGGCGCGUUUCGUGGCGUGGUACGGCGAUGCCUGCAGAGAGAGCCUAGGGCGAGACCAACCAUGCAGGAAAUAAUCGAUGAACUGAAGGAAUAA